CAUAGACAUCUGGAGAAGACUACAGAACAAGCACUGAAGGACUUGGAAGAGCAUAGUUCACCAAAAUCAUACAGUGAACUUUGUAAAGCUACCAUGGCAAAUGUAAUACUAUUUAACAGGAGAAGAGGGGGAGAAAUUUCAAAGAUGACACUGAAUGGCUUCCAGGAGAGAGACACUAGUACCCUGCACAAGGAUGUUGCAUUUGGACUGACAAAAUUUGAACUUUACCUUUGUCAACACUUCAGUCGUGUAGAAUUGAGGGGUAAACGAGGACGCAAGGUUGCAGUGCUACUUUCACCAGACAUGGUGAAUGCCAUAACACGGCUGACAGAGAAAAGACAAGACUGUGGUGUUCUGGCAGAAAACAUAUUCCUGUUUGCCAGACCUCAUUGUCUGACUCCCUACAGAGGACAGGACUGUUUGAGGAUUUAUGCGACUGAAUGUGGGGCUGAAAACCCUGAACACCUACGUUCAACGCAGUUGCGCAAACAUGUCGCAACUUUGUCUCAGAUCUUAAACCUCAAGAAUCACGAGUUAGACCAAGUUGCCAACUUCCUAGGUCAUGAUAUUCGUGUUCAUCGGGAAUAUUAUAGACUUCCAGAGGCUACUACCCAGCUUGCCAAAAUAUCCAAACUACUGAUUGCCAUGGAGAAAGGGUCUCUCAAAAGCCUUCAAGGCAAAACACUUGAAGAGAUUGAAAUCGAAGAUAACCUACAGUUGACAGAUUCAAGUGAAGAAAGUGAGGUUGGAGCGGAGCGUGAGGAGGUUGGAGCGGAGCAUGAGGAGGUCGGAGCGGAGCGUGAGGUCAAUGAAGGAAAUCUUGUAUAUCCACAGAUUGAUUCUAUAGAUACUAGAAUGAUGAAGAAAGUUGUCAAGGAACCUCCAGGUAUGUGUUUGUCAUCAUUUAUUGAAGCUUUUACCUUUGUAACUACUUCCUAGACACUUUUGCUAUCUUUGCUAUCUUUAUGUAAAAAAAAAAAGAUAAUUCAUUACUAUCAUUUUUCCAGUGAUUGUUACCUUUGUCCAAAUGGUAAUUUAAAGAAAGUCAAGGAUCUUUCUAAAGACCAGCUCAACAGAAUAGAAAGGUCAGUUUUGGAGGAUGGUCAGGUAGGAAAUGCUAGUUUGAACAGGUGAUUUUGAGCUGUGAUUUAAAGUUCUAGAGAGAAUCUAAUGAGCAGAGGAAGUUCCAGAGGGUGCAAUUAGCAGUGGCAAAGGAUUGUACCCUCAGAUUUAUGAUUUUGAUGAUGGGGGUAAGGAGGUUAGUGUUAGCAGUGUUGUGGGAGAGUGACAGUAAAGACAAUCCCUCAGGGUGGUGGGGGCGAGGUUGUUGAAGGCUUAAAAGUUGAUUAGGAGUUUGCACUCAAUACUAUAGUCAGUGUGCAGCCAGUAAUGUUCUUUUUAGGAUGUGGUG